AUGGCGAAACGAGAAAUGCGGAAGAGUCUAAAAUGGGAUAUUGACAAUUUAUUCAAGUCACCGGAGACCGCGGAGGCGGAGUUUCAGCAAGCGAUCAAACGACGAAAACUGGACGAUGGCACGUCUUCAACACCGCCAAGAGUUCGAUCCGACCCGCGGGAUGCUCUGAAACCGAAGCUAUCGUUACAUUUGACAAGAUUAGGCGAUGGACAUCGAUUAGAUUACCUUGCUAACCUCAUUCAUUACUGUAUUUUCGGCUCAAAAUCGAUACAAAAACCGCGAUGGGCAACAAUAUCUCAGCAUAGGUAUCUUCUACAGACACUGGUGGUUCGAGUCAAUGUGGAAGACAACUUUUUCGCCACCACAAAUCUGAAAUUUCUCAACGAGUUUUUCGAUAGACACUGGCUAGAGCUCGGCGCGGAUAUCAGUGAUCGUCGACUCUUCUGGAAUUCUUUAAUGAAUGUUCGAUUGGAUUUAAAGGAGCAGAUUAAGAGGAAAACUGACAGAAUGCAAAAGACAUUUGAUCUACUCGGAAAGUUCGAUAGAAGUCAUUUCGUGUUGACGACUGAGCAGAUGGCUGAAAGGAAUUUCCCGUUUCCUGGGGAGGAGGGCAUUGUGGCGACGAAAAUGAGAUACAAAAAGAUCACUCACUCCUCACCGCUCUACUCUGUCGAUUGCGAGAUGUGUGAGACGACUCACGCGAAUCGAGAACUCACUCGAAUCUCGCUCAUCGACGAGAAACAAAACACAAUUCUGGAUACGUUAGUGAAACCACGUGGAGACAUUACUGAUUACGUCACACGGUACUCGGGAAUAACGGCGGAGAUGAUGGAAGGUGUGACGACUACAUUAGAAGACGUGCAGCGUGCGAUUCAGAAUCUGUUACCGCCGGAUGCGAUUCUAGUGGGACACUCGCUAGAGCACGAUUUGGGUGCCAUGAAAAUGACUCAUCCGUUUUGUUUAGAUGUUUGUCACUCGUUGAAUUACACAAAUAACGUGUUUGAGAACCGGAAUAGUUUGAAAAGUCUGACGGAAAUGUUUCUCGGCGAACAGAUUCAAACGGAAUACGGACACUGCUCCUAUGAGGAUGCAUGGGCGGCUCUGAGACUUGCUCAACUCAAAAUUCAAGAGGGAAUUGUGUUUGGAGUGGCGAGUUAUGGAUGGAAAUACUCGCAGUAUAGAGAGGAACAAAAGCUGAAAAAUGGGGAUGGGGAAAUCUUAAAAUUGACUCAAAACUCCGCAGCAGCCCCGAUCCCCUGCACCGGAUGCCUUGGGCCUACUGUAGUCGGGUGUACUGUAGUCAAUUGUAGAUGUCGUUUCGUGGCGGGACCCGCGCAAUGUGUCGCGUGUUGCGUGAGAAAUUUGGUGUCAGAAGAGGGAGAUUUCGAUUGGAGAGAGACUUUAGAGGUGGAUUUGGAGAUGGAACGAGUCACGAGUCCCAUUGAGAAUUAUGUGAAGAAAGAUAAGAUGAAAUCGGUUUUGAUGGGUUUUGAGGCGCCUGAAGUGUUGGAGAAGAUGCCCGAGAUGGGAAGGAAAAUCCACUUGAAACUGCCCUCCUCAUUCCCCACUUACUCUUCAUUCAUCGACAACGUUGCCUCCGAAAUGCUCAAUGACAGUGCCAUAUUCAUAGAAAUCGAUAGGAAAAAAGUGGAACCAUUGCCCAGAAGUUCUCCAGAAGAUGACGAGGGAGAAGUCGUCGACAAUUCAGAAGCUCUCAACGAGAUUCUCGAAAAACUUGUGGCGGCGACCACUAAAAACGCGGCUAUCAUGAUGAUCUUCUCGAGUCCCAGCAAGAAUACUCUUUUUAAGAAUAUCAAGUGA